UGCCGGAUCGGGCAGUGGUGCAACGUCUGGGUUAUACGGUGAGUUCACCGCUGCCGUAACACGUACAUGCAUCGCUGCGUCCCGGCAGCGCACCAACGACCUCAUUCAAGGUUCGAUCUCAAUACGUCAUCUAGCUGCGCUGUUAGCUAGCAAUUUACGGCAUUGAAAAGCUUUUGCGUGUUGCAUCAACUUCUGAUAUCAGUACUGUGACAUGCAUACGCCAGUCUCCAAUCUGCAUGAUUACAAUUUACGAAGUUAGACUAACUAGAUUGAAUUUAAUUUGAACGCUGGUUGUUGUUGUAUUGUAGCGUUGAACGAGAAUUACUGCACAAAGCCACGUGCGUGGGUGGAUUCUCUUUCGCCGGAGACGCGUACCACUGCCAAUCGGACGAGACUGGUGAUGUACGCAGCUUUUAGUGUUUUGCCUGUUGAAUGGUGAUGAUCAAAAGCCACGCACCAUUGCCCGGCCAGCUGUUCAUCAAACACUUACGCCGAAGUAUCUAAGCGCUAUCAUUUAGGAAGUGCUUUAUUUCGGAUACUUGCACAACUGUCGGCCAUCGGGGAAUUUACAGUUAAAGUAAAUCAUUGUCGUUGUGAACCGUUAAUACAAAGCUUUUGUUGCCAAGGAACCCAGUCACUUUGAAGAUGACCGCUUUGGAUAUGCUGCACCUGGUGCUCUCCGUGGUCCUGGUACUACAGAGUUCAUUACCAUGUCCAGUAAAACAGGCCGGAUUGACCCGAGAACUUAUUAAUGGACGCCUGGACAACGCAAUCCGCAGCGCAAAGGAUGGUAUUGUCCAUUUAAAUGAGUCUUCAAUCAGCAAGCCCCCGGGGAUAUGGCCAACCGAGAACAUCGUCAGGUCACCCGAAGGAGGCACAGUGAGGCUGCACUGCAAAGGAGGAGAUCCUGUGCCGGUGGGCAAAGAGAAAAAGCCACAGCUCUGGUUGAACGGGAGGCAAAAAUUCACUGUGAAAUCAGAAACGCUGCCGUUUGAGGUACAGACAUGCAGUUGCCUUGUUAAUUCGACUGCUACGCUGUUUUCUAACAAGUACACCGUCGACCUAAGUAAUCCCAGCACGGGAGAAAUGAUUAUUGUUUUACUGGCAUUUUCUCAUGUCCAUGCCGGGAAAUACGAAUGUCGACGGUACAACGGCAGCUCUUUUCUCACCACCCAAACAUUCCUUGUCAGUCCAACAGUCACACCUGCUCAAGUCUUUCGGCCACCGAUGCUCAACGUGACCGUUAGAGUGGGUGACACCGCCCGCUUUCCAUGCUACGUGAAAUUCAUAGCCAUGCCGGGAGACUUUGGGGAUCGUUUUCUCUGGAGAAACGAAGAUCACGUAAUUUAUGCUGAUGGGAUUAAGGAAUUCCAGACCGGGCGUUCCACAAUGACUAAUUUUAGGACAACCGUUCACAUAUCUACGGAUGGAUUUUGCCACUGUCACUCGACUCUGGAAAUCUUGAGCGUGCAGGCCAACCAUGCCGGGCGUUACCAAUGUUGGUUCAAGGUUGAUGACGUCUUCUACGAAUGGAUCGUUCAAGAAGCUUACCUAGUUGCAAUUACUUAGAAAAUUGUGGUCUGUCGCGGUAAGGUUAUGUGACCACAAUACCGAUGGUUUGUCCUUUCGAUAACGUCAACGUUUCUGAAUCAGAAAGAAAUGCAUGAUGGCUGGCGAUGUUACGUCGUAGUUGCGUGUAUGCUGCGUGUGGCAGGUCCUGCGUCUCUGUGUAUCUUUGUAUCUCUGUGUAUCUGUGUAUCUUUGACUUGUGAGUCUCUGUGCGCCUCUGUGUAUCUCUCUGUGUAUGUGUGUGUAUCUAAGGGCUGGCAUUGGGCCCGCGCUCAAGCUCUGACUCAGACUCUGACCGCUCAAACUCUGACUCUGACUGUUCAAACUCUGACUCUGACUGUUCAAACUCUGACUCUGACUGAAUAACCUAAGAAUAACUUAAGAAACCUAAGAAACCUAAGAAACCAAAGAAACCUAAGAAACCUAAGAAACCUAAAAAACCUUCAGAGUCAGAGUCGGAGUUGGAGCGGUCAGAAUCAGAGUCAGAGUCAGAGUUGGAGUCUAGGCCACGCAUCAUGUCUACAUCGCACACACUUACAAGGUUACAUCAUCCGACUGUAUUCGCCAUUGCGUACAUUUUUUUGCUUUGCGCCUUUUAUUGCAUAAUUGUUGUAAAGGGCAUCAGUAACGAUGGGGUGAUCAAUUAAUCGAAAAAUAACUAAUUUACGGACACAUUCAACGGCGAUUUUGCGCAGAAUUAUGGACGCCGCCUUUUCGACUGUUUUGGCAUCCAAAGGGACGCCUUGUAACGCGGAUCUAGAAUUUGUCUCUUGAUUUAGCAAGAAUGCAGCACUAUCCUAAUUUUUCGACAAGGUUGUUCUGCUAACCGUCGCGGACAAAAAACAACAAGGAGGGUAAAGCGGAAAUAUUCAAAACUGGUGUUUAUGUGCGUGUGAACGUUCGAUGUUGCGCUAUAUAGAAGCUCUGUAUUGCAGGCUUUAACAAAGAAGCGAUUGAAAAAUGUAUCUAACUGUUUGUAGAAGUACCGCAGUAUGUGUUAGAUCUUUCAACUUAAUUAAUCGUAAUCUGUGCGAUCGAGAAAAUUUAUAUAAUUCCAAAGGCCAUCGAAAGAGUGCUGCAUCAAGCACUAGCUACGAGUACGAUGUAACAGACUAUCUAAUGGCUCACAGCAGAUUCAGCAUUUAUGGCUGCACGAUUGCCCGCAGGCGCCCGGGCGUCGGUUCCUUGGCACAAGUAUCAACGAAGCGCGACGCGAAGGAUUCCGGACCAACCCAGCCUGCCCCGUCCCAUGCAAACAGGACCAAGCUAAGAACUAGCCCCACGAAACGCAGCAACCUGGUGCCGCAGACGGAAACCUCUUGUUAUUGACUCGAAGAUGAUGCUGGAUUAUAGAUCCUGCCCGGAUGCCACGGAAGAACGCAAUGUCAGACUGGAGUGUUUGGGAUCGUGGCGCAACGGAGUGAACCGGUACCUUAUCGGUCGCAUCACACACACCAUGGCCAACAGUAACGAAGAAAUAUUUCACUGCUUUAUGUAUAAGAUGACGGACUCUGGAGUUCAGUUGGCGCAGUCGGCCGACGCAACAUGUAAUGCACUCUUUUCCCCACAGGAAGGACCGCAGAUGUUAACAAUGACACCAGGGGCGAUGAUGAAAAGCUAUGCACCAUUGCCCGGCCAGCUGAUCGUCAAACUCCUAUGCCGAAGUAUUGAAGCGCUGUCAUUUAGGAAGUGUUUUAUUUUGGAUACCUGCGCAUUUGUGCGGCCAGCGGGGAAUUUACAGUUAAAGAACCCAGUCUCUUUGAAAAUGACCGCUCUGGAGAUGCUGGAACUGGUGCUCUCCAUGGUCCUGGUCCUACAAAGUACAAAGCCAUGCCCAGUAAAACAGGCCGGAUUAACCCGAGAACUGAUUAACAUGCGUCUGGACAAUGCAAUCCGGAGUGCAAAAAACGGUAUCAUUCAGUUAAAAGAGUCUUCAAUCAACGAACCAGUGGAGACAAGGCCAGAGGAUAGCAUCAUCAGGUCACCAGAGGAAGAACAGCAAGACUACACUGCAAAGGCGGAGUGCCUGUGCCGGUAUACCCUCGUCGAAAGCAAUCCUGCUACGGGUGAAAUGAUUGUUGAUUUUCUGGCGUUUUCUCAUUUUCAUGCCGGGAAAUACGAGUGUCUACGAUAUAACGGCAGCUCACUUCUCACCACCCAGACUUUUUUUGUCAGUCCGACUGUCACGCCGUCCCAAGUCUUUCGGCCACCGAUGCCUAACGUAACGGUCAGGGUGGGUGGCACCGCCCGCUUUCCUUGUUACGUAAAAUUCCUAGCCAUGCCGGGCGAUUUUGGAAAACGUUUUCUUUGGAGGGACGAAGAUCAUGUGAUUUAUUCUCCUGGGAAUAGGGAAAUCCAGACCGGCCACUCCACAAUGAAAAACUUUGAGGCAAAUGUUCAUAUCCAGACUGAUGGAAUGUGCCAGUGUCACUCUACCCUGGAAAUUUUGCACGUGCAGUCCAACCACGCCGGGCGCUACCAAUGCUUGUUUAAGGUUGAUGACGUCUUCCAUGAAUGGAUUACCCAAGAAGCUUACUUAACUGUUAUUGCCUAA